AUGAAAUUCGAGAGCUUAAUCGACAGUCCAAAAGACUACGUCUCUAGCCUUCUGGUUGCGCCAGAAAACCCACAUUUAAUAGUUACAGCCUGGGAUGGUACGGCAUCGUUGUACGAUCACGAGAAAAACAAGCUCUUAGAGCGAAUUAAGCACGAUUAUGGCCUUUUAAGCAGCACCUGGACACUUUGGGGCAAAAUCUGCGUGGGUUCGGUCCAAGGCGAGGUGUUGGAAGUGGAUUUUGAGUCUGGGAAAUUCGAUUUGAUGUCUGAGCAAGCAACGCUGGGAGUCAACGCUAUGAGCAGCAGUAAUGGGAAUGUCGUAGCCGGCUCUUGGGACGGUAGUUUGCAAGUGAUAGACCCCAGAACAAGCAAAGUAGAGUACCAUCAAAAACGGUUUUCAGAAAACCGUAAAGUGCUUGCUCUCGAUUCCAACGAGGACAUCGCAGUGGUGGCAUACACUGGCGGAAAGGUGGUCGUUUACGAUCUCAGAAACAUGGACCAACCUGUGGGGACACAAGAUUCGGGUCUAAAGUUUCAAACCCGCGACAUCAAACUGAUGCCGCAAGGCCAAGGCUACGCACAGAGCUCGAUCGAUGGCAGGGUAGCGGUCGAGUAUUUCGAUAAUGAGUCGCAGAGACUUGCCUUCCGCUGUCAUCGCAUGAACCUGACCGAUAGUCAGUUUGUUUUCCCCGUGAACUCGCUUGCGUUCAGUUCCAAGACAAAUCGUCUGUACACGGGAGGUUCGGAUGGGAAAGUGUUUGCUUGGAACAUCGAAACCCGCAAGAAGACUGAACAGCUACUUAAGACUGAGGAAAGUGUUGUGAGACUGGCAGCGCACGACGAUAUGUUGUUUGUGGCUGCUACAGACGACUCUUUCAAGACUAUGGCUACAGUGCAAGACGUGGAAAUUCCGAGCAGCCGAAUUUAUUUUACAAAACUAUAA